AUGUCAAGAGGAAUUGGAUGGAUAGGGUUCCGCGAUCAAAAUAACUCUCAGCUCGCUGGCGAGGACCGCAUGCACGAGCUAAUCGUCAAUGGGAUAAGCAAGCAUAUAGGAGGCCCCGGAGAAAUGCUCGCACGACGAAAACGGGUAAGGCCAGAGAGCUUGCUCAAGAGGUAUGAAGCUUCAGCCAGGGCAAGAUACAAAAUGUUCUUCUAG